CAUAUACAGUAUCCACAUGGAUCCUGAGCACUGGGCACCCCCAGACCCCAGCCUCUUCCGUCCUGAACGGUUCACGGCAGAGAGGGUUGCUAAGCGUCACCCCAUGGCCUGGCUUCCAUUUGGGGCAGGCCCCAAAAACUGCAUUGGUAUGAGGUUCGCCCUGAUGGAGGCCAAGAUGACCUUGGCGUGUCUCGUGAAGAAGUUCAGCGUUGAGACCUGUGCUGAGACGCAGAUUCCACUGGUUCACGUGGCUAGGGGCACGGUGCAGCCGGAGAAAGGUGUCACCGUGCGUCUUGCAAGGCGGAAUGCGGUGGGCAAUAAGACUACAGAAUAGACAUAUUAGUUGAACAUAUUCACAAAGUUCCAUAGCAAGUGUC